AAUAAAAGAAGAUAGCAGAGAGCGCUUAGAGCGAGCAAGGGACUAAAAACUGCAAAAAACAUCCGAAACAAAAGAACUCAGAGAAAAGAGUAAGAGAGACGGAGAGAUCUGAGUUGGAGACCGAGUGAAGCCCGAGUUAGGUCACGUCACGCCAUCGUCUUUGCAGCAUUAAUAAGCAGUGAAGAUCCUGACCGUUAGAUCUCAUUCGUGUCAACCAUCUGAUUCUUCUCUCUCUCUCUCUCGUUCACGCUGCAUCUAAGAAUUUGAAGCUAACAAGCCAAACAAUUCAAAGGGAAACACUAAAAAGCUGCAAUUAAGAAACUGAACGAUCAGGUCGGGUUUCGGGUGGUUGUUUUUCUCGUACGACUGGGUGAUGUUUCAGACUUAGACUUCGUGGAAGCUUGAAUGGAGCUCAAGCUUACUUGAUUAAUGUGCGAUUUUGUGUUUGGAAGCUGAGAAAAAUUGAAGAAGUUAGGGUAAUAUUGAGGGAAAUAAACAAUACUUAUCUUAUGUAGCUGUUUAUAGUGGAAAUUUUAUGAUAAUUGAUCUCUUUCGCUUGAGUGUUGUUUGGAUUCUCAGAGACCCCUAAAGUUGAUUUGUGCCAGUAUAGGGCUGAAUAGUAGAAGCCCUAAUCUACUGGGUGUUAAUCUACUAAGUAAAGCCCUUUAAAUUUUGUGAACUCUACUCGCCGGAAAAUGGAACAUACUUCAUAGUUUAGAAAUUGAAAGAGAAGAAGAAAUAUAUAGAACCAAAUGGAAGAUAUAUUCAAGUACUCCCACAGUCCUGCCCACUUUGCAGUUGCACGCCGUGAUUAUGCAGCCCUCAAACGCAUUAUCUCGACCCUUCCAUCUCUUGCCAAGGCUGGUGAAGUUAAUACUGAAGCAGAGUCUCUUGCUGCUGAGGAAAGAGCUGAUGCUGUUUCUGCUGUCAUUGAUCGUCGAGAUGUUCCUGGCCGUGAGACUCCUUUGCACCUUGCUGUUAAAUUGAGAGAUCCAGUCUCUGCAGAGAUUUUGAUGGCAGCUGGUGCAGAUUGGAGCCUGCAGAAUGAAAAUGGUUGGAGUGCUCUUCAAGAAGCAGUUUGCACAAGAGAGGAGCAAAUUGCUUUGAUCAUUGCUCGGCAUUACCAGCCUCUUGCUUGGGCAAAAUGGUGUCGUAGGCUUCCACGAAUUGUUGCUUCUGCUGCUCGUAUACGUGACUUUUACAUGGAGAUAGCAUUUCACUUUGAGAGUUCAGUUAUCCCAUUUAUCGGCAGAAUUGCCCCUUCAGAUACUUAUCGCAUUUGGAAGCGGGGCUCCAACCUCCGUGCGGAUAUGACCCUUGCUGGGUUUGAUGGUUUUCGCAUUCAAAGGUCAGAUCAGACAUUCCUCUUCUUGGGAGAGGGGUAUUCUUCAGAGGAUGGUAAUAUAUCUUUGCCACCAGGUUCGCUGAUUGUUCUGGCUCACAAGGAAAAAGAAGUUACUAAUGCUUUGGAGGGUGCUGGUGCUCAACCAACAGAAGCAGAAGUUGCCCAUGAAGUGGCUUUAAUGUCUCAAACUAAUAUGUAUAGGCCAGGCAUUGAUGUCACUCAGGCAGAGCUUGUUCCUCAUUUGAAUUGGAGGAGGCAAGAGAGGACAGAGAUGGUUGGAAAUUGGAAGGCCAAAGUUUAUGACAUGUUUCAUGUAAUGGUGAGUGUGAAGUCAAGGCGGGUUCCAGGUGCAAUGACUGAUGAGGAGCUUUUUGCUGCGGAUGAUGAAGAAAGGGUAGCAAAUGGUGCUGACAAUGAUGAGUUUGAUGAUGUAUUGACAGCCGAGGAGAGGAAACAGUUGGAUACUGCACUUCGUAUGGGGAAUGCAGAUGGUCUUGGUGAGGAUGAGGAAUCUGGGGUCGUCGAGUACCAAGAAAAUGGAUCUGGAGGUUCUUAUGAAAAUGGGGAAGCUAAUGGUUCCAGUAAAGAGAAGAAGAGUUGGUUUGGUUGGAAGAACAAAGGUUCAAAGAACAAUAAUGAUGAUCCUGAAGACUCAAAAAUCUUGAAGAAGUUCUCAAAGUUGGCGCCUGAAGGUGGGAACCAGAAAUCUGUUGAUAAUCGAAAAUCAUCUGAAUUUUCUAGGGAGGAUUUGGGGGAUUCCAAGAAGGGAAAGGAUAAAGGCAGCAAGAAGAAAAAGAAGAAGGGGGUCAGUAGUGAGUCUAAGCAUGAGAGUGAAUAUAAGAAGGGUUUAAGACCUGUCUUGUGGCUGACACCAGAUUUUCCUUUGAAAACUGAGGAACUCCUGCCUUUACUUGAUAUAUUAGCCAACAAGGUCAAAGCUGUUAGGAGGCUUAGGGAGCUUUUGACUACUAAAUUACCUCAGGGGACAUUUCCUGUCAAGGUUGCCAUCCCCAUUGUCCCAACUAUUCGGGUGCUUGUUACUUUCACAAAAUUUGAGGAGCUUCAGCCAGUAGAGGAGUUCUCAACCCCCCUCUCCAGCCCAGCACACUUCCAGGAUGCCAAAUCCAAGGAAGCAGAAGGGUCGACGUCCUGGAUUUCAUGGAUGAGAGGGAGUCGUGGUGGGCAAUCAAGUGAUAGUGAUAGUCAUAGAUACAAGGAUGAGAUUGACCCAUUCGAUAUACCGUCAGACUAUACUUGGGUUGAUGCCAAUGAAAAAAAGCGCCGCAUGAAGGCCAAGAAAUCCAAGAGUAAGAAACAUAGGAAACAGGCAGCAGCCAGAGGUGGGGAUGGCGGAGCGCUUCAAUUGAGUGAAGAUGUGGAAGAAUAAUUGGAUAAACUAUCCAAGGGCCUUUGCCACUUCAAAAUCCUUUCAAGGGAAAAGAGAAGACACGACUCUGCUUGCACAUCUGACCUUUAUUCUUGUUCCGAGUCACACACUGGAUGAUUUUACAGAAAUCUGCUAGGAAUCACUUCUCGUUGAUUAUGAAGACUGCCGUCUUCUAGUGUUAUUGUACUGUUAUGUGAUGAAAUUGAAGAGGAGCAAUGUCUCCCCGCCUUUUUCCCACCUUUAAUAUCUUUUUCUCAUUCCCUUUUUUUAAAGGACUUUAAUCAUUGUAUCAUAAUCAGUUGAUUAUCAAGCUUACACUUCUGUGAUUGAUAUUAUUUUCCCUUGAUCAUUUUGACA